UCAAACGAUUUUUGAAACAAAACAUUUCAUCAAAAUCCCGACCCCCGGGACAAUAUUGCCGUUAAAAGCACGUUUUAAAAACGGCUUCACGUCCCCGUUCAGUGUCCCGCUAGCCCCAGGGGUCGGGGGUUUCAAUUGACUAGUGCAUUAAUUGACAUAAAUUUUAUUAACAAGUGCUCAUGUGAGACUCUAUCAGAUGCUAUUUAUGACAAGUUCACGUGAUGUGAUAUCAUACUGUGUUGGCUCCAAAAAGUUUAUCAAAUUCCGAAGAUUAGGGGUACUAUCGAAUCAGCAUGCGUGGCAUGGCAAGACAAAGAAGAGUCAAUCUAAGAAAUAAUCUAUUCAGACUCGUUAGAAACAAAAAAUGUGUUUUACUUCUAUUUUUUGUUCCUUUUAUGAUUUUGUUUGGGAUUAAUAGUCGUCCAUGUAAUCAACAACCAGCACCAGCAACAUCUCUAUCUAUAUUGGCUUGUUAUAAAGGACAAGAGGAACAAUCUCAAAUGUACAAUCCCUCGACGACGUUCAGCGAAGGAACGAAUUUCCCUAUCAUCACACCACACAUCCAACCCAUCAUUUCAGACAAAAAUCUCUAUGUAGUCGUAGUUGUAAACUCUGGUUCUGAAAACGGAAUUCAUCGAUUAUUGCGAAAAGCAAUACGUGAGUCUUGGGGAAAAGACACAGAAAACAAUUGUACUAUCAAAUGGAGUUUGUUUUUCAGUCUAGGACUGAGCCAAGAUGAAAACUCGAAUGCAAACAACCGCCUUGAGGCGCGAGAGAACAAUGAUCUUAUCAUUGGUCAAUUUAAAGAUAAUUAUAAAAAUAUUCCCAUCAAAACUUUCAUGGCGCAUUGGUGGGCGUUCAAUACGUUUUCUUGUCGUUACGUACUGAAAACUGAUGAUGAUGUAUACGUCCGUGUUAAUAAGCUUCUACACUGGUUGCAUAAUGCAGGAUCACCCGGGCGAUUUUAUGGUGGACUUGUUCAUUCAACAUUGAUUAUUACUCGUAAUCCAAGGAGUAAAUGGUAUAUUUCUAGAGAGCAAUUCAACGAAUCGUCUUGGCCUCCGUUCUGUCAUGGUGCUUUCCAUGUCCUGUCUACUGAUGUCCUGCCAGCAUUUUUUUACUACACCCAGCUUCGACAGCCUUUCCACACAGACGAUGCAUACAUAGGCGUGGCAGCUCGAGAUUURGGAAUUCGCGUCACGCGGUUACGCGGUUUAAUGUUGCACAUGCCAAAGACUGACUGUCAAUUUCUGGAUAAAACAGCUAUCGGGCAUGCAAUAAGUCCAGCUAAUAUGUUAAAGAUUCAUAAGAAAUUUGAUUCUUUAGCUCUCAGAAAGGACAUCAAAUGCUAAUUACGCGCAUAGAAAUUGUUCAUUCCGAAAACACGACGAAAAGAUAGAAAAAUCAGAUAGCUGUGUAGACUUGUCACUACUCUGCGGACAGAUCUACUUUUCUCACCCGCCGUAAAAGUGAACCGAUAGCUUUUUUAUGUCCUUAAUCCACCAUUUGGCGGAAUUCACAUUUUCGAUCUCGGCAACCUUUUUUUGGUAAUAAAGACAUUUUGCAGA